AUAUCAUACAAUUUGUUUUAGGCCUAUCUUAAAAAACUUUGUUUUACCCUAGUAAAAUAGAACCAACACAUAGAAACAAAUGCAAUAGAUUAUGAAUCAAUGACGUGAUAUGCAAGAAGCCAAACUAAUCCACAUACAUCUGUAAACUUCAAACUAACGGGACCUAACCUGAAAGAUAAAAUGUCGGCCCAUUUUGUGCAGAAAAGAAUCCAAAAAGAAAUCCUUACAAUGCGGAAGUCCCCACCCCCCGGUAUCCGACUAUGUGAAGACAGUUUGCGGUCAGCCCCAGAGUUUAUGGUGGAGCUUACCGGGGCAACAGGAACUUUGUAUUCCGAGCAAAUAUUUAAAUUACUUUUUAAAUUCGGGGAGAGAUAUCCAUUCGAGUCUCCCCAGGUAACAUUUGUUGGAAACUGUAUUCCUGUUCACCCUCAUGUUUAUUCUAACGGCCACAUCUGUCUGUCAAUCCUCACUGAAGAUUGGAGCCCAGCUUUGUCAACUGAAGCUGUUUGCCUUAGUGUAAUAUCCAUGUUGAGCAGCUGCACUGAGAAGAAACUGCCCCCUGACAAUGCAUUUUACAUUCGAACCUGCAGUAAAAAUCCUAAAGACACAAAAUGGUGGUUCCAUGAUGACCAAGUUUAACCAGACCUUCAGAAGUUUCUAUUAACAACUUUCCUGUAACUUUAACACCACCCUCUGCAGUAAUAUGUUGACUUAACACCGCCCCCCGUAGUACAUUGUGUUAAUUGCCAAGAGAAUUGUUUGCCGUGCAUUCAUGUUUUCACAACGUCAUAUUGAAGAUGUAAUAAACCUCUCUAUGAUAGAAAAAUAAAAAAUCUUGCAAACCAAAA